AUGGCUCUCCACUUCCUCCUAUCCCUGCAUCCUUUCUUUACUCUUUUUCUUUUUUCUCUCUCUUUUUCUUUCCCUUUAUUUCUUUGCUCUUUUUCUUUUUUUUUAUUUCCUCAUCUUUCUAUUCUCCCUUUCCAUUUAUUACUCUUUCUAUUUCUGUUUUUCUCUUUGCUCUCCCUCCCUCCCUCUCUUAGAUUUGGAAAAUCAAUAAUUUUUUCAUUAUCUCUUUUAUUCUGCAUCUUGUUGCCUUUUUCUUUCUCUUUGCUUUUCUCUUCUCUCUGUUCCUUUCUUUUUCAUUUUUGGUCUCUUUUUCUCCCUUUCGUUUCCUUUUCCUCUUUCAUCUCUUUUCCCCCCUCAUUUUCUUUCUUUCACUCUUUUUUCUUCCUCUUUUUCUCUCUACCCCUUUUUCUCUUUCUCUAUUUUCUCUUUUUUUCUUUCUCUUUGCUCUCUUACGCUUUUUUUCCUUUCUUUUUUUAUUUGCUCAUUUUUUUUCUUUCCCUCUAUUAG